AUGCUCUUCUUUGUUCUUGAUCCACGUAUCCAAACCCCAAUGAUGUGGAUUCUGGCACCCCCCCUCGGGCGCAACGCCCGGCCAGCGCAUCCCAGCAACGGCGGGCCUCCUCGUCCUAACCCCCCUGAUGGGGGAUUCCCCCACACCAUUUUUACCUUCCUUUCUCUUCCCACCGUCUUCCCCCCCGUCCCAUUUCUUUCUCCCUCUCCCCCCUCUCCUCACGCUCAGGGCGCAACGCCCGGCCAGCGCAUCCUAGCAACGGCGGGCCUUCUCGGCCCCACCCCCCUGAUGGGAGUCUCCCCCGUUCCCCCCGGCGCAGCUCCGGGCGCGGGGGGACCCGGGCCUGGCGGAGGCCCCGGCGCGCCGGCUUCCGCGCAGCAGCAGCCCGCGGACAUGCAGGCGCAGGUGGCGCUGCUGGCGGGUCAAUCAAACGACGCCACGUUGCUGCGCCUCCUUCAGCAGCGCGCAGCGCAGGGCUCGCUGCUAACGAUCGUGGCGGUGGGAUUCGGACUCACGGGGCGGAGGUCCCCUUGGCGGAGGGCCCCCUGGCGGAUCUCCCGAGGGGGGGCCUUGGCGGAGGCCCGGGGGGGCCUGGCGGACCUGGCGCUCUUGCGGGGGCGCCAGGCGCGCAAGGAGUCGCUCCCCCGGCCGCUCUACCCUGCCCCUCUCCCGUGCCACUCAACCUGA